AUGGCCCCCUCUGCUACUAUUACUGAGACUGAGACUGCCGCUCCGCCGAAGGUUCUUCAAAUCCCUCGGCUGUUCGGCGCAUACAAGGAAUUGGCUACAGCCAAUUACGAUAAGGAAGCCGAACAAGGCAAGACGGGACUCAAGGCGGCCAAGUAUGAGAACUACUUGCCAACAUGGAACCCGGAUCAGAAGUACGCGCCCCUGAAGCCCUUUGAGCACUACGAGCACGGUAAAGAUGCCGAUACUUCGUUUCCUGAACUUCUUCCGGAAGGCUCUGAAGCCACCGAUCUCACCCCGACCAUCGGGUCAGAGGUUCGAGGUGUGCAGCUGAGCACCCUUAGCGAUGCCGGCAAAGAUCAGCUUGCUCGCUACGUAGCAGAAAGAAAGGUUGUCGCAUUCCGGGGCCAAGACUUCGCCGAUCUGUCUAUCGCCGAAGCUCUUGAAUUUGGCGGUUAUUUCGGUCGUCACCACAUCCAUCCCACUUCUGGCUCUCCAGAAGGCUAUCCAGAGAUCCACCUUGUCCACCGUGGAGAGGGAGACAAAGGUGCUGAGGACUUCUUCCAGACCAGAACCAGCUCCGUUGCGUGGCACUCGGACGUUUCGUACGAGCAGCAGCCCCCAGGAACCACAUUCCUCUAUAUCCUCGACAAACCUGAAACUGGUGGCGAUACAUUGUUUGUGAACGCCGUCGAAGCAUACAACCGCCUGAGCCCACUGUUCCAAGAGCGCUUACACGGUUUGGAGGCUACUCAUUCCGGAAUUGAGCAGGCUAAUGCAUCGGACGCAAGAGGUGGCAUUAGAAGGCGAGAGCCCGUUGUGCAUGCCCACCCUAUUGUGCGUACGCACCCUGCGACCGGAGAAAAGUCACUAUACGUGAACCCUCAAUUCACCCGUGAUAUCGUCGGCCUCAAGAAGGAGGAAUCUGAUGCCAUCCUUAAGUUCCUCUACGAUCACCUGGCGUAUGGUGCCGACUUCCAGGCUCGUGUCAAGUGGGAGGAGGGGACUGUGGUGGUAUGGGAUAACCGAGUCACCCAACACUCAGCACUGUUGGAUUGGAAGACCGGGCAGCGUAGACAUCUAGCUAGAAUCACUCCACAGGCUGAACGACCAUACCAGACGCCGUUCUCCUCGUAA